CGCCUUCGAAGAAAUCCGUCUCCUCGUGCCUGGCAACGUCGACGCCUUCGGAACGCCGGAUGACCGCUUCGUUAUCGUCUCGGCGACUCCCCGUGCACCUUCCUGUCACAGUGGCUCUCUCUUUCGAUCGAGCACCCGUUUGGAGAAGACGCGCGUUCAUUACAGCGGGACAAUCUCGAUUCAAGCGUCGGCACUCUUCAGCGCGAAGGCACCAGUGGACCAUGGUGAUGUCCGCGACCGUGGCUUCGGCUGCGUCUGUGACUGUCUUUCUUCUGGCUUUGUGCGGCACGGACGCAAGGUUUGACGUGUUGCUGUUCCCCAGGCGGAGGCCGCAAAUGUGCUUUGCCGAUCCACUGUCGCCCCGGCUCGGAGACAGGGCGUCCUGCCCUUUCAGGCGGAGUGUCAACGUGCAGGCCGGUCGGAUUCCGGCCGACGUGCCGACAGUGAGGUGCAAGUGUCCCGGCAGUCGAUGCAGUCAGCUCGGCGAUUUUCGUUGCCAAGAGAUACGAGAGAUUCUCCAGGUGGCUUACGUUGAGGGCGACGGACCAGCGGUGUUCAGGAACGAGACGUUCACGGUGGCCUGCGCAUGCGUCACCAGUAGGACGGGUCAAGGAGCGUCAGACCGCCUUACACGAGUCGCCGACCAGACCAGCUACGGCAAGGUUCGGGGCCUGUGGAAAAAGUACGCUGGGAGACCGUACAGCAGGCUACGAGGUCUCCUGGACGCCCAGACUGCGGUUACGAACGCGGGUGCUGCUCCGAAGUAAAAAUAACGACGUUCAUUCGCACCUUGGACGGGAUUGUACCCCUCUAAUGUAUAUGUCUUUGGUGCCUCCGUGCCGUGCAGUGGUUAGACGGGUGAAUAUUUAUUAAACUUAUCGUGUUUCAGCCUACAACUUGUUCAGUUUGUGACCCGCCUCACAGUGUGCUUCAGUGACUAUGACGUGCUCCAGCUGAGCUCAAUGCCGCGGGUUCGAUUCCCUUCUGCAUGUAGAUGGGGGCGAAGUGAGAAAUAAAAAGAAAAA